CUCCUCUACUCUCCAUCCAGCCCCUUGCUUCGCCUCCUGCUCCCUCCCUCUUUUUUUUUUGCAAGGAUACGGACUCGCAUGGCGAUGGAGAGAGGUCAUGAUGGAGAGAUGCGGAGAGAAAGAAGCGGGGGAGAGGAGAAAGGGAGAACUGAGAGGAGCAUCUGAGAGUGUAACUGCCUGUUUGCUCACUCUUGUCUUCUUGCUCCCCCUCCUGUCCUUUCACUUCCACUCACAGCACAAACACUCAGACAACUAGGUAGGCUCAGUGCAGCGCAGAGCUGUGAGGGAUGGAGUGCAGGGUUCCCACGUGAAAAAAGCCACGAAUCCACAGGAGAAGAAGAGGGCAAGAUAGAAGAAGACAAACGGAGAAGGAAAAAGAGAAGAGUUGGGGAGCAGGUGGACUCAAGAGAAGGAAGAAUGAGAAGCUUAUCGAGCAGCGGUGACAGAGAGGCGGUAACACCAUCUUCAGAAUGACACACUGACAGGAGACCGGACAGAAGACAUAAAGAAAGAAAAAUAACACUACAGACUGAGUGAAUACAUUUUAAAAGGCAGCAUGCUUUGGGAAAACCAUGACAAGUUCAUGCGGUACAUUGGCCAAUGGAUUUCCUGAGGGAUCAGGGGACAAAGCAUGGGGACAAAAGGGGACUACCAAGUAGACAAACCUAUGGAUAAACAGGCCAAAUUCCCUGCCUCUUUUCUGUCCAGCAACAUUAAACGCCCUUCUGGCCUCAUUAUUAUAUUUUCAUGAGACAUUGAGUAGAAAUGAGAGUAAAGGCAAAGGUGCACAAUUUCAAAGGACGCAUAAAAUGAUGGACAUCUUCACUUUAACAUAUCUAAUGCUGCUUUUUUUCUAAUUUAUGUUAAUGUGUCCCAUUUUUGUACAAGUAAAUGUUACAAGUAAAUUCCCAUUUGAUGUAGAAUUUAACAUAAGUCACAGUGAUCUGAAACACCGUUUUUACUGUCCAGGAUGUUGCUUUACCUUGAUCUGAGGACAUAGUCUUCCUUUUAUUUGCCGUCAAGGAAUCUAAACAAUAAGCUGAGCAAUUGAACUGCAAAUGGACUAAAGUUUGCAGAGCUAGACUUAACUUUUGACUGUGUUAUGAGAAAAUAGGACUCAUCAAUAAAGUAUGUAGACCUUACAUGUAUUUAAUGCUAUAAGCAGAAAGUAAUAAAAAAAAAAAAACUUUCUUUGUUGACACAGAAACGAAAAGGCCUUUAACACGGAAAGCUGUAUUUGAAUGUUGGGGAAGAAAGAGAGGCCAAGGAGAUGGUGAGCAAGGAGCCUGAUCACUUGCUCACUGGCCAAAGUAACAGCAAGAGCACCUUGACGGACAAGCUGCCCGGAACAAUGACUGUGCGCUCUGUGCUGCUCAAUCGAGACUCACCAGAUAUUGAAAGUCGCCUAAAACGGCGCCGGAACCGAACCCAUCAGGUCCGCUUCAAAGACCUUGAGGAUGGCAGUAGCAGUAGUGGCAACAGUGCAACAGGAGAAAACAACACCCGUCAGCGGCCUGCCAAAGACCGUGACAGCCCUCAUCCACUUCGCAAAUACAACAGCAUGUCCCAACAUCUAUGGUCUGACAGACCAAUCACUGAAAGCCUACUUGGUCAAACCUCUGUGGUAGGGGCUGUGCGUGGGGAUAUGGCCAGUACUAUAGAAAAGGUGGCUGCUUUUUUAGCAAGGGCCCCACCUCAUCCGCUGACGCCUGGUCCUACACGGAGAUGUUGGGCACCACCACAAUCUAAUUCUCUAACAUUACCAAUGACACGAAGAUCCAGUACAAGCACCAGCACAGCCAUUCAGACUUCACCAUGCCUAAAAAAACCUCAGUCUCUCUCAUCCACCCAUGUGCGUAGCCACAGCAUUGGGGACUCAGUUGGUGUGGAUGGAGAUGAUGAGCAUGACUCUCAAGAUGAGUACCUUAGCCACAACCAUGUGCUGCCUGGGUCCAAAGAUCAAAGCCGACCUUCAAGCUCUGUGGAUAAAACUGGGGUAGAACGAAGAUCUAAAGUAUCAAGGACAGAAAUUAAGUCAGGUGUUAUAGCAAAAACAUCAAGACAUAGCUGUCCACCUUCAGUUCUACACAACAGCGAUCUGUGUCAUAGUUCUUCUGUAUCUUGCCGAGAUGGUCCAAAGCGCCAGGGUAGUAGCACUCCUUCAGUGAUAAGGAGGAGAAAACGCCUAAGCCGGACAACAAGUGAUCCCGGAAAGGAAGUUCACCUCUGCACGACUCCUACACAGACUGAAAGCCCACCCCAAUCACCAUCUCCUUUAAAUACCAAACUCUGUACCACUGAAGUUCAAACUGAGGGUUUGUCUUCACCUCCAAUUUCAAAGCGUUGUACCACUAAAUGUGAAACUGAACAUAAACAUCAGUCUCCAACCUUGAGUGUUGAACACUGCUCAGCACAAAUUCAAACAAGAGAUUCUUGUCCAACCCUACCUCAGAAUGGUGAGCAAUGCACCCCUAAAAAACAAACAAACUCACCAUCUCCCUCUUCUCAAAAUCAAAACCAUUGUACUACACAAUUGCUAACUUGUAGCUCAGUUGACUCUUCACCUCGAAUUUUGACAUCCAGCUUGAAUUCUGAUACCCCAAUAUCUGCUCCAGCAGACCAAAUCCCUCCCACAACCAACAUUUCUACUGUGCCUUACACUGCUUCCCCUGCAAUGCCUAUAAAUGCACCAGUACAAACUCCUGAACAAUGCUCUAAGGCAUGUUCUUCAUCUCCUACCAAGCUAGCAAUUUUCUCUCCUCCACCACCUGACAUCCUAUCUAUUACUUCCUCCACUUGUGCAACUAACACUUCACAAAGCUCUAUUCCCUAUUACACUGUUUUGUCUCCACCAACCCCACCUGGCAAAGCUUCUAUUUGCUCUAGUCCUUCUUUUACUGUCCCACAGUCCUCCUCACAUAACUGCAUCUCCCCACUACCACAUCUGAUAUCUUCCUCUUCCUGUCCUACCCCUACACCAACUGUAAGCACCGUUUUAACACCUUGUGUACCUAUCAUAGAGCCUAAUGCUGCCCCAAACGUAAGGCAUCAGCAGCCAUCAACAAGUCUAACAAAUAAUGUACCUACCACAAACCUGACACCCUGUACAAUUGUGACUCAGACUGCCCUAUCUUGCACCUCCAUAUCAUAUUAUACCAGUACACAUCCCAGUGGCCCACAUGUACCUCACAUUAAUCAAACAUCCCCUUCUUACACCACAGUUAUACAAACAGUAUCUCACUGUAAUAUACCAUAUCAAACAGUGCAAAAUAUCCCCCCUACCAGCACAGGGAUGACCCUUUAUCCCUCCCCUGUCCCUAGACUUGAAUCUUGCACUUCUCCACCUCCAAACGUGAAAGCCUAUGUUUCCACUCUUCAAAAUGCUCAAGCUGUUGGGACUCCAACUAAAGCUGUUCCUUUGUACUCUUCUACAUUCCGCGCUGCACCACCAUACACCCCCCCCUCUCAAGCUCCCUAUAAUGCUCAGGAUAAAAGGGGCAUUCGACUUCCACCUCCUCCUCCACCACCUCCUCCCUACACACCAAGGAAAAAGGGAAGUGAGCCAGCAGGCACCACAGCUCGAACACCCAUGCUCAGGACAGAGAGCAAGGUCAGUGAAAAAGUUGUAGAGAGUGAGGAGAAAAAGCCGGAUACAAAGGAUGUACAGUGUACAGUCUUACCCAAGCUCUGUGGGGGAGCUAGUUCUCUGAAGCACAGAGCUCAAACACCGCCAGUUGCUGUGAUGAAGGGAGAGAGGCGUUCCUCCACCUCCUCCCCUGCCAAGGCCUGUUUUAAACCCAGCUGUCUUAGCUCAGCCCAAGCUCAGCUUGGGGUGCUACACAAAAUGCUCUGCUCAGGAGCCAGCAUCAGGCCCAACACACCAAACAGCCAAUGCUCUUUGCCUCCUAACCAGCAGGGCUGCUCUAGUGCCAGGGGCUGCUCUGCCUCUGGGGAGCAAUCUGGCACUGGGCCGCUGAGUCCCACACAAGCUGACACUUUAAGACAGGUUCAAGAAAUUCUCGGAGGUUUGAUGUCUGGAGCCAGGUGUAAACUCGACCCAUCAAGGGUGACAGAAAAGCUCCUGAGCCCCAAUGGACCCUUGCAUGACAUUCGCAGUCUCCAGAACCAGCUUCACAGUCUUGAGGGUGUCCUGGAGACAAGCCAAAACACCAUCAAGGUCCUACUGGAUGUUAUUCAAGACCUUGAGAAAAAGGAGGCCGAGAGAGAUGGAAGACAUUCCUACAGGACGGGGCAGGACAUUGAAAACUGUGGGACCUGCAGGGACUGUGCCUGCAUCAUCUACAGGUCAACAGACAGGUCCUCGCAUAACAAGACCUUUGUCCCUCUCCAUGCAUCUUGGAAUGUUGAGCAUGACUUUCGUCUGCAAGAAGGGCAGGUGGUACGAACUUGGAAGGUGGGUGACCCUCCAGAGGGCUCACCACAGACUCCCACCCCCCAAGCCACAACACCUCACCAACAAGAAUCUCCACAACUAGUCCGACCCCCUGCCACCACCAAGAAGAACCGGAAGAAGUGCUUUUGGUUCCUCUGAGCAACCAGGGGUGAAACAAAAGACAUUUCGUUACUGUAAUGCACCACACAUACUUCUUAAAAAAAAAAAGAAGACAUUUCACAUGUGGAGUAAAACAAAAACAACAAAAAAACUGUGAAGUUACCAAGAGGAUUGAAAUGAAAACGAAUCACUAUGGAGGGUGAACUGUGACACAGAUCAGGUUAUCGUCUGUUAAACACAAUGGGAAUGAUUUAACUAGUUUGAAGAUAUUGUUUCUGUUGUUUUGAAUACAUAUUCAGCACUCACAAUUUUGAUCAAGGAGCAGGAUAAAAUAUGCUGAGGUCAAGCAAAUGCAUAACUAUAGUCUGCCAAAAAACUUAUAGGCAGGAAGCUAUUAGGAGACAUUAAGAAAAUAUUUACUGUUCAGGUAUGGGAAAAGUGGCAAUACAGCAGAAAAGAUAGCCCAUAUUUAUUAAAGGUUAAAUUAUUGUACUUUAUAAGGAAAGAAAGAGACAGAAGAUUCUUCUUUUAUGGACUAAUGAGGGUCAGAACACCAGCUUUUAUAUCAAGUGAUAUUUAAAAAAAUGUAAUAUGACCCAAUUAAAAGUUUUUAUUGUACUGUAACUGAAUAAACUAUUACAUGUGUCUACAUGCACAUGGUGUGCACAGACAAAAUAUGAGACAUAUUUACAGAGAAAGUAUAAUGUGAAUUGUUAAAAAAUGGUGAAUUGAGUUCUGUGUGUAUCAGAGCUGCUUGGAUGCUUUAUUUCAG